UGAACGCGUGUCAAAGUCAAGAAGAAAAAAAAAACAACCUGCAGCAAAUUUUCAAGGCACACAGUUCUCGCGCGCGUUCAUUUGAAUUGGGGCAUGCCCCGUGCGGCGUCCAGCGGGUGAUUAUUGCAGAAAAUAAAAGACGGCAAAUGAACGAUGUGGCCGUGGCGCAAUCGUCGCCUUAAGUUGCUGCUGGUCUCGCUCGCCUGGCUGUGCAGCGUCGGCUGGCUGUAUUGGUAUAUAACCCGGGAGAAGGAGGACAUUCGCGGUGCUGUGCCCGAGCUGCUCUGGUGGACAAAUGAUAUGAAUUGGGCCUACGAUGAGAUGCGCUACUGCAACUUGGAAUCGUGCCGUGUGACCAACAAUCGCCAGCGCUUGAAAGAGGCUCGCGGUAUACUGUUCUAUGGCUCCAAUAUGAAGCCGCACGACUUUCCAAUGCCACGCGAGCCGCAUCAUCUGUGGGGUCUGCUGCACGAGGAGUCACCGCGCAAUGUGCCCUUUGUGCCGCACCGUGAAUUUCUGCAGCACUUCAACAACACGUCCACAUUCAGUCGACACAGCAAUUUGCCACUGACCACACAGUAUCUGCCGCAUCCCAGCGAUCUAACCCAAACGGACUACUAUAUUCCGCACUAUUCCAAGCAGGUUAUACAGUUUAACGAACGUCUAGCCUCGGUGGUUUUCCUGCAAACCGAUUGCAAUACUCUGUCCGGGCGCGAGGAUUAUGUGCAAGAGCUGAUGCAGCACAUUCCCGUGGACUCGUAUGGCGGCUGUUUGCGCAAUCGAGAUUUGCCAGAGAGCCUUCAAAAGGACUAUCUCAACAAUUUAUAUUCAGAUGCCUUGCUGCGCUUUCUUUCCCGCUACAAGUUUAUGAUUGCCAUUGAGAAUGGCAUUUGCGAUGAUUAUAUAACCGAAAAAUAUUGGCGCCCACUUAUCAUGGGCGUCAUACCCAUUUACUUUGGUUCGCCCAGCAUACGCGAAUGGCAGCCGCAUAACAAAUCUGCCAUUUAUAUAGAUGAUUUUGCCAAUGCUGGCGCACUGGCCGCCCACCUGCAGCAGCUGGACAACAAUGAAACCGCCUACAAAUCCUAUCUGGACCACAAACUGAAACGUGACAAACCUGUUGACAAUGCACUGCUGCUGAAUCAUUUGCUCACGCGUCGCUAUCAAAUGAACCACGAGCAGCAGAACGAGGAGCAAUCGCUGUUUCAUAAAUUCGAAUGCCUCAUGUGCCGACAAGCUAUGUCGACCGUAAAGCUGCGCUCGGCCAACGGGCAGCACUAUAGCUGCCCGCUGCCGCCAGUGCAUGCACCGCUGGAGCGGCAUAAAGAGCCCAAAUAUGCAUCCGACUGGCGCUCGAUGAUGAACGUGGGACGCUGUCAGGCACUGCUGUUGGACGCGUACUUUCGAUCGAAUUUCAGAUACACCAAGGCCAAGUUUGAAGCGCAACUGGCCGAAAUGGUAGAGCAGAACUUGUGCAAUCAGGCUUAGCCCGACCGACUCAAGGGAACCUAUCCAGAAUCCAUAAGCCAUAAUGUACUACUUAGUAGUUAGUAUACUUCAGGAACCAAUCUUAAAGAUCAUGGAGUGUGAUUACAAAGUUAGAAAUACUAUGGCCCGGCUAUAGUUAAAUACUUAUUCGCCUCGGUCUGUGCAAAUUGUAAAUAUUCCUAUUGGAUACAAUUUAUUGCAUAUAUAACUUUUACUACGAGCGCUUUACUGGCAUAAAAUACCAAAAGCUUCA